AUGGAGAAACAAGUCACCCAUGAAGGGGACUAUAUCCCUGACCAGUCGGUCUUCCGACCGGAAUCUCCUUAUGCACGUUACAUCCCGGGUGGAUUCUCUCCAUCUAGAUGUAUGAGCCUUCAAGGAAAGGCCAUGACUUAUGCCAUUUUUCUCUUCUCAGGGUGUGCCAUUCACUUUUUCGGAUACGACACGGCUGUGAUGAGCCAAGUCAACGACAAUGAAAAUUACAUUGAAAUGAUGAGUAUUUCUGGAGGUAGUGGUCGGGAUGCUGCGGCCAUAGGUGGUCUGGUGUCUCUUUGGUUUGGAGGAUUUGCUCUUGGUACUAUAUUCACCACCAUAGGACUUCACGAAUUUUGCUUACAGAUUCCAGGCGCCUUGAUUGUCGGAAAUAUCGCCGACUCCAUUGGUCGACUGAAGACCAUCCAGCUAGGCUGUCUAUGGGGAAUAUUCGGCGCUGCAUUACUGGCGUCAGCACAAAACAUCACUUGGUUUGCCUUUGCAAGGGUAAUCAGUGGGGUUGGAUGCGGUCAUCUCAAUACCAUAGUACCCGUGUGGACAUCAGAGCUGGCUGAUCCUCAUUUGCGAGGUGCAUUCGUCGCUGUUCAAUUCACGCUGGCCAUGGUUGGAUCCACGGUAGCUUACUGGAUGGAGUUCGGCUGUACAAAAACGCAGUCUUUCUCAUUCUCCUGGCGCUUCCCUCUUGGUUGUCAAAUAAUUUUCCUCAUCUUGAUUCUCCUGGCUGCACCGUUCUAUCCCGAAUCACCUCGACAUUUGGCCAAGACUGGUGAUUUAGCAGGGGCUCGCUCUGUUCUACAAAAAUGUCGGGUUGAAGCGGACGAGCAAAAAAUCGAAACGGAGAUACAAGAGAUUAUCGUCGCCAUUUGUGCAGAAGCAAAAUCCACUUCUAAUAGCUUCUACAGCAUGCUCUUCAUGAGAGACAAACUACACACUCGCCGGCGCGUGAUAAUAGGGUGUGGGGUACAGGUGAUGCAAAAAUUGACAGGAAUUGAUUUCAUCGCAGUCUAUGCACCUGACAUGUUCUCAUUGUCUGGAUUAAAAGGUGACAAGCCCGCUUUGCUAGCAGGAGGGAACUGGUUUGGAUACAUUGUGAGCCUGGCGCUAUCGAUUUAUCUGUGCGACCGAGUUGGCCGACGUUGGCUAAUGUUGACCGGCUGUCUAUUGAUGGGCAUCGUACUUGCUGUUGGUGGUGUGCUUUCAUACGAGACCAUAUCCCAAACCGCCAGUGAUCCAGUCUUGGCCAACAAGUUCGGUUCAUGCGUUGUAGCCAUUCUGUAUAUUUACACUUUCAUAUACGGCAGCACCUGGCUGACAACUUGCUGGGUUUAUCCCACAGAGGUGUUCCCGCUGGCAAGUCGAAGCAAAGGCGCUGCAUUGGCAACAUUCGCAUUCUCUAUCGCAGGUGGGACGAUUAACAUCAUUAUUCCAUACCUCAUCAAUGCGAUCGGCUUUUGGGUCUUUAUUCUCUUUGGAUUGAUCAAUCUUGCCCUACUAGUGCCUAUCUAUCUUUUCUAUGUUGAAACUGCCAAUCGCCAUCUUGAACAACUGAAUAUUCUGCUCUCCAGUGACAGCUGCCUGGCGUGGAGAGCAGAGAAAGACUUUAUUAAGAAAAUGAAUGAGCAAGACGAUAUCCUAGGUGACGUCCAGGAGAAGAAUUCUGUCGAGCAAGUAGCAUAA